CACACACACCCCACGCACUCACACACACACCCCACCCACUCACACCCCGGCGUAGGAGGUCGGUCCAGUGCUGAUGUGGCGGCCGCAGCCCUCUACGGGGCCGUCCCCGACGUGAUCUCACUAGACUGACGAUUUUGUUUUCGGCGACUAGCGACUGACUCCGAAACAGAGGGUUUGUUGGUUGUUUAAUGGAGGAUGCAGUCAUGACUACUAAACUGACGCAGAAACAGUUUAACGGUCCCACCCAGUCUACAGCUCUGGUUUUGAGUUGUGUUGUUAAGGCUGACUCCAGAACAGUGGAAUACCUGUCUGUGGCGGAGCCGGUCCCGAGGUGUCGUUUGACUGGGCUGACCCAGGAACAGUUAUAAAGUCACACCCCACAGAUGGAUGGGAUUGGCACCUAGUGUUGCUUGACUGAGUCCAGAACAGUUACCUGUUGGUAGCUGGCUCCCUGACAUCAUUCCACUAGACUGACUCCAGAACAGUUAUCGGUUGGUAGCUGGCUCCCUGACGACAUUCCACUAGACUGACCCCAGAACAGUUACCGGUUGGUAGCUGGCGGCUCCCUGACGACAUUCCACUAGACUGAUAUCAGAGAGGUCUAUGGGUUUCAUCUCUGAAGUCGACAGACUGGACCUAGAUCAGCUCCCUGCCGGUACCUACCAGAAACGCCGUGCAAAAACGGGUAACGCUGUGUACAGAGAACAACAAGUAUAUU